AUGAAUAAAAAAAAACACAAACCGGAGUAUUGCAUAGAAAAAGUAAAUUUGCAACUAAAAAAGUUACUCAAUGAAGAAAACAUUAUUUCUAUGCAAAAAUGUUAUUUAUUUACCCAGUUAAAAAUAUAUAAAGAUUUAUAUAAUACUUUAGAACAGAAGUAUAAAAAUUUAGAAAUCGAGAACUGUAAACUAUUAAAAAAGCACAUUGAUGACAAUAAAAUUUGUAACAAAGAAAAUAUUACUAAUUCUAAUUAUGAACUAGAUGAUUCAGUUAAUAAUAUUGAAAAUAUAGUAAAUAACUAUAAAAUAAAUAUUAAAGAACAAUAUGAUGGAGAGUAUGAAUCGGUUUCAGAAUUAAUUUCUAAUCUUCGUCAAAUUUUACAAGAACGAGAUAAAGCUAUUAUCGAAUUAGAAAACAAAAUUAUUAAAUUGCAAAUAAUGUCAAAAACUGUUCAAAGCACUGAUGCUAAUACUGAAGAAGAAACUACAAGAAAUGAUAUAAUUAAUUUAAAAACCAAGGUAGAAUACAGUCUUAUUGAAAAAGAAAGAUUAAUUAUUAAUUCUAACUAUAAAAUUAUAGAAUCCAAAGUUAAGUAUGAGGAGUUUUAUAAAAAAUAUAAUAAUAUUAGUGAAAACUAUAAUAACACUCUAUUAAAAUUAGAAGAAUUGAAAAAUUUUGUUAAAGAGAAAGAUUUCAAGAAAAAUGAACAAAUUAGAUUAUUAAACGAAAAAAUACAAAACACCAAGACACAUUUAGAAUUUUUGUAUAAUACAAUUAAUGAUUUUUGUAAACUUAAUAAUGAAAUUAAAAAUCAAUGUGUUUCUAUUUGCAAACUAAAUACUGAUUUGGCAAAUAAAUUAAAAAAUUAUAAAUUAUUUGAAAAUAAAGAAAAUCUAUGCUCAGGCGACGAAUUUUAUGAUACCGAAAUUAGUAAUCUUUUAGAAGCAUGUGAUUUUCUUACACAAGAUAAUAAAAAUUUGCAAUUAGAAGUUAACAUUUUAGAAAGGGAUAGGUGUUGUCGGAAUUUUAAAACAGAUAUAUUUUUUAAAAAUAAUUUAUAUCCUCCAAAUGAUUAUUAUAAGUUUAUUGAUGAUAUUGCAAAACAGAAAAAAGUUAUUUCUGAUUUGUCACAAGAAUUAAAAGCAGUUACAGCAGAAAAAAAUAGACUGAUCAGAAUAAAUGUUGAAAGGAUGAAAAUAUCGGACAAAUACAAAGAUGAAUUAAGAAUUAAAAAUAUUGAAAAUGUAUGUUUAGAGAAGAAAUUGGAAGAUAUGGAAAAUAUGAUUAAAGAUAUGAAAAAUGAAAUAUUUGAUCGAUUAUCUACAUGUAAUAAACAACAGUUCAGUACACCUUUUGUGACUUGUACUUUAUGUGAAACCAAUGCUAAAAAUAUCGCUAUAAGUUCUUGUAUGCAUACAUUUUGUGAUGUUUGUAUUAAUACAAGGAUAAAACUAAGAGAUCGAAAAUGUCCAACGUGUGGAAUUUCAUAUAAUGUCAGUGAUGUUAAAAGAUUUUUUCUUUAG